AUCAAAGCUGCAUGAUGCAUGUGCUGUUAACUUACGAGGCAACAAAGACAUGCUUAGCAGUGAUCUUGGAAAGCCUAUUAAUAACUUGAGUGAAGCAGAACAAAAAUCCAAAAAUGUUCAAUCCAACCACUCAUUGCAAAAUGCUCCCGUAAGCUCUUGUAAGAAUACAAGUGAUCAGAAUAUGGAAGAAACUGAGAAAAUAUCACCAAAUAACAAGUUCAGACUAGAUUCACUAGAAGAUGUGAGUGAUGAUGAAUUAAUAGGAAGUGAGAAAUCAGAAACAAGAGCUGAAAAGCUGAGUCCUUCUGUUAGUUCUUGUUUACCCUGUGACACUGCAGAAGGUAAACCUGCUGCCUCUGAAAAGGAAGUUCAUGAAAAGCCAUCUGCUGUAAGUGUUGCUUCUGCUGAUCUAAAAGAUUCUGCAUUGCAGAUGGAAUCCACGGUUUCUCCAUCAAGCAAUCAGGACCACUUGCAUGUAGGUUUGAAAACCUCCUCCCAGGAAGGAGAAGGGGAUGAAGAGCGUGUCAAGUCACGUGCUCACUUUGAAAUGGAAGGUUUUGAAAAUCCUUCAGAUCACGAUCUGCAGAAAGGAGGAAGCCAAUCAGUAGGCCUCCUCCUUCCUGAUUUAAGCAAACUUGGCCUCCCUGCCUCCCUGCAAAGAGAUCUAACACGACAUAUUAGUCUGAAGAGCAAAGUGGGAGUACAUCUUCCAGAGCCCAAUCUGAAUAACGCACGGCGCAUUCGGAAUGUGAGUGGCCAUCGGAGAAGUGAGACGGAGAAGGAGUCAGGGCUUAAACCCACCCUCAGGCAAAUUCUUAGUGCUUCCCGGCGAAAUGUCAACUGGGAUCAAGUCAUCCAGCAGGUAACCAAGAAGAAACAGGAACUUGGCAAAGGUUUACCAAGGUUUGGUAUAGAAAUGGUGCCUCUUGUUCAAAAUGAUCAAGAGGGUCUAGAACUCAGUGAAGAAUCUGAUCUGUCUACUUUGGAAGGAUUCCAGUGGGAAGGGAUUUCCUUAGCAGUGCCUGGGUCAGCCAGAAAACGUAGCUUUUCUGAAAGCAGUGUCAUUGCAGACAGAAACCCUUCUGCUUAUAGCUUCUUCAGUGAACAAGCCAAAACAAAAGAAAGCAGAAGGCAAAUAAUUGCAGCCAGCCACUCACAUCGCAUAACGUCUGCGUAUGAGGCAAGAGCUGACAUUGAGGUUGACUUGAAGCGGGAGACCUCUUCUCUUCCUUUGUCACCAUUUAUGUCUGAAAGAACCGAGACUACUGGAAGGAGACACAGCCUACAGGCCACCUGUGAAGUCACAGGCCUCAGAAAACAACAGCAGGAGACCCUUGAUAAGAGAACACCUCUUCUUGAAAAGCAAAAUGUACUGGAAAUCUCAGAAGAAAAUACUCUGACUUCAAAUGAUGUACUUCUUGCAGUGUCUAAUAAUAUAGAUGCAGCUACCGACAGUAGUUGCACAUCUGGUACUGAGCAGAAUGACAGCCAAGGAAUUGGAAAGAAGCGAAGAGCAACAGGAGAAGGAUCCUCUCCUGAAAUCCCCAGUCUAGAAAGAAAUAAUAAAAGACGAAAAAUCAAAGGUAAAAAAGAACGUUCUCAGGUAGACCAGUUGUUGGCUAUUUCGCUGAGGGAAGAAGAAUUGAGCAAGUCCCUGAAUAGUGUGGACAGCAGUCUCUUGCAGGCUAGGGCUGCCCUGCAGGCUGCAUAUGUUGAGGUUCAACGGUUCCUUGUAUUAAAGCAACAGAUAACAAUGGAAAUGAGCACACUGAGAAGCCAGAGAAUCCGGAUCUUGCAAGGGCUACAAGAAACAUAUGAACCUUCUGAAUUGCCAGAGCAACUUUCCAGCAGUGUCUCAAGUGAGAGAAGAAAUAGCAAAUCUCAGGUGGCAGCUGAUUUGAUUCCUGCGGGCUCCUUCUUGCCCCUUUUGGACACUUUGUCUCCUGUACCUCCACUGGGAGCUUCUGUUCAUGUCAACACACCAACGCCAUUCCAGUCAUCUUCUAGCCUCACAUUGACUACUCCUGCAGACUCCUCAGUACAAGUUAAACGAGAACCUGUGUCUCCAAAAGGCUCGGAAGAAAAUAUGAAUUGUGUACUCCAGAACUCUCUAUGUGCUUCACGAACAGAAGUUGUGGAGCAGAAGGAAGAAGAGAUCAGCCAGAAAACUUUGGUGCAUCCAGUUAUCUCUGCAACCAUAUCCCUGUCAGAGCUGACAGCUUGUUUCCAACACGCUAAUCAAAACAUUCACAAGCCUGCUGGGGACAGGGGAAAAGCUGGACUUUCUGAAAAUCCUUCUCAUUCGCUGUCUGAUUUCAGCAAGAGAGAAGCAAGUGAUAAAGCGACUGAAAGCUUUUUACUGGAUCAGUGUAGCACCUCACUUCCAGAGCAUUCAGUCCUUCUAGAAAUGCCAGUGGAUAAAACCCCCAAACUGUCAGCAGAUGUGUCUGAACAACAGACAGCAAACACUCUAGUCCCCGCAGAAAAAGGGAACAGGAGGAGAAGAAAGUUAAGGAAAAAGAAAACUCUGAGGGCAGCUCAUGUGCCAGAGAACAGUGACACAGAACAGGAUGUAAAUGACUCUAAGCCCAUCCGGAAAGUCAAGAGUGGAAAGGUUUCUAAAGGAGAAAAAGUCACUACAUCCACUCCCCCAAAGCAAGAGAAUGGAGCUACUACUCAAGCAGCAAGAAACAAAGAUGAGAAUGAUAGUGAUGCUUCUCUGGAACUAGUGGAAAUUGCAACGCCACAAUGUGAGGUGGUUGACAUUGGUUCAUCAGAAUCAGGAGAUGAGAAACCAGACAGCCCAUCAAAGAGGGAGUCACGCAGCAAUGUGGACCAAGCAGUCCUAGAGGCAUCUUGCUCAGGUUAUGAUGAAGUGAGCUCUACCAGUGAGAUUGGCACAAAUUAUAGGGAUGAUGUGAAAAAAAGUGUAGCUGAGACGCAGACUUCGAUAUCAUCACUAAGAGGAUCAAAGAACUCAUCUGAAGUGUCGUCAGAGCCAGGUGAGGAUGAAGAACCGACAGAGGGGAACUUUGAAGGACACCUGGCUGCAGUGAAUGCUAUUCAGAUUUUUGGGAAUUUAUUGUACACCUGCUCAGCAGACAAAACUGUUUGUGCUUACAAUCUGGUUAGCAGGAAGUGUGUGGCUAUCUUUGAAGGACAUACUUCAAAAGUGAACUGCCUCCUGGUCACUCAGACAAAUGGGAAGAAUGCUGCACUCUACACUGGUUCAAGUGAUCACACUAUCAACUGUUACAAUAUCAAGACCAAAGAAUGCAUGGAACAGUUUAAAUUGGAAGAUCGAGUCCUCUGUUUACACAGCAGAUGGCGAAUCCUUUAUGCAGGCCUUGCUAAUGGCAAUGUAGUUACCUUCAGCAUAAAGAACAACAAGCAAGUUGACACCUUUGAAUGCCACGGCCCUAGAGCAGUGAGCUGCCUAGCCACAGCUCAGGAAGGAGCACGCAAGUUGUUGGUAGUGGGCUCCUACGACUGCACCAUCAGUGUGCGAGAUGCACGGAAUGGGCUGCUUCUCAGAACUCUGGAAGGGCACAGCAAGACUAUACUCUGCAUGAAGGUUGUGAAUGAUCUAGUAUUCAGUGGUUCCAGUGAUCAGUCUGUCCAUGCCCACAACAUUCAUACUGGAGAACUGAUACGGAUCUAUAAAGGCCAUAACCACGCAGUAACGGUUGUGAACAUUCUAGGGAAAGUGAUGGUGACAGCAUGUCUAGAUAAAUUUGUUCGUGUUUAUGAACUACAGUCACAUGACCGCUUGCAAGUCUAUGGAGGCCACACAGACAUGAUCAUGUGUAUGACCAUCCAUAAGAGCAUGAUCUACACUGGAUGCUAUGAUGGCAGUGUCAGAGCUGUGAGGCUUAAUCUCAUGCAGAAUUAUCGUUGCUGGUGGCAUGGAUGUUCACUGAUCUUUGGCGUUGUCGACCAUCUGAAACAACACUUGCUAACUGACCAUACCAACCCAAAUUUUCAGACCCUAAAAUGUCGUUGGAAGAACUGUGAUGCUUUCUUUACUUCCAGGAAAGGUUCCAAGCAGGAUGCUGUAGGACACAUAGAAAGACAUGCUGAAGAUGACAGCAGGAUUGACUCAUGAAGCUUUUCACCUCCCACAUUGGGAAGUAAUUUUAUGUCAGAAUUAUUCCAAAUAACAUCAGUUUCUUACUCCAGUCUUUCCUCUUUCUUUUCACACUUGGAAUGCAAAAAGGGAGUGGGGCUGAAAAGCGUUGCUACAGAGACUGCAGGUUGUGUUGCACUCUGUAGAAAUAAGGUUGGUCUAUGAAGACUUGGCCCAAAUGUAAGAUUCUUGCAAGUUUUUAAUUCACUGACAAAUAAGAAUGUUCCCCCCUCUUGUCUGCCUUGUUUUUUGAAGAAGCAUAUUCUUGAGAGUUUUAGGGAAGUCCAGAGGGGUGUUUAGAACCUAGAUUACAAUGGAUGCUGGUGUUUGCACACUCAGCUUGAAGCCUGAUAAGUGUCUAACUGACAUAUGACUGUUUUUAUGUUGUAUCCAGUUUUUUUAGCUGAUUUUAAUAAAAAUCUGCAAGCCAGAAUGUCACAAAUUCUGACAGUGUAACCUAAGUGUCCACUGUACAUAUUGGCUUUCUUCAGAAAAAGGAACAGUAUUUAUGGAGAACUGGAAUCAGUUUUUUAAUGUUAACUGUAAUUUAUUUUUUAAUCAUUGUCUAAAAAUUGCUAUAAUUGACACAAUAUAUACAGUGACAGACUGCCCUAAAUAUUACACUUCCUGAGGUAUUUCGGUGGUGGAGGAUUUUGUUUUGUUUUGUUUUUGUAAAGCAGUCCUUUGAAAGGUUUGCCAGUAGCAGCAAAGCAUCUUCACUCACAUGCUUUGUGAUCUUAGUCUUGUAUAGGUCCUAAUGUUCGGGAAAGGAGGAACCAGUAUCAGCUUUUGUUUCUCAGUUAAAUACCAGUAUAACCACUACAACCUUGAUACAACACCGGAGUUGGAUUCUUUAUUUUAUUUGGAAUUCCUGUAUCUGCAUUGCGUAGCAAACAAAUAGAAAUUCAAAGGCACUAUGUGUCCAAAUCAUCUAUUUCCAUGGUAUUUUGUUUCUGUUGUGAACUGGCUUGAUUUGCUUGGGCUAUGCUUGGUUCACAAAAAGUCAACUGGAAAGAAUGGAGCAGGAUUUUAAAUGAUUUUAAAGUCUAAAAUUCUUCAAGCAGAAGCUGGGGAUACAAAAUGCAUAUUGCGUGUAAAAAUCUUGUUUCCAGAAAUGUACGUAAUUUAUGCAGGGAAGCCAGUGCAGAGGGAAACGUUUCUACUUGUCCAGGUUCCUCUGCAGUUGUCUCUUGGGGUUGCAAACUUGCUCUCAUUGGCCUGUGAAGUUCAGUGAAAUGGAAUUCUUACAUUGUGAUGCUCUCUUAAACAAUAAGACUAAUCUGGCAAGGACAUUUUUGUUCGCUUUUGACUAAUUUACAGCUCAGGAUAAAAAAAACAGAAGUUUCAUUAAACUAUAACAGAAGGUAAAGAAAUUCCAGUGUCAAAACCAAGCUGCUUAAAAACAAAUUGAGUGCUUUUCAAACAAAUUGCAUGACUGUUUUCACUGGGUAUCUCAUUUGCCACUAAUUUGAGACUUCAUAUGCCAGCCAUAGACCAAAUAAAUUUUAUACCUUAAUUCUUUUACUAUAAAAAAAGUCUUUUUAGGCUGAGACUGUGAUUGAGAGAAGCCCAUGGAUGCUCAGCUCUGCCAUCAAAUGAAGGAAUUUCAGGGCCUUCUCUGAAGCACACAAUUUUUAUUUUGUCUUAGCACAUGAGCAUCAUUUCUCUGUAUUUGCUUGACACGUUGAUGUUUUUUCCUUGAGAGACAGGAAUAAAAUAGGAACAAGUUACAGUAGCAUCCUACUUCAAACACAUAGGAAUCCUUGAGGUUCCAGUGCUCUUGUUUUUGAGUGUUUUUUGUUGUUGUAUUUUUUAUUGUUAUUAUUUUAAUUAAACUGUUUGUAGACAGAGAAAUAAAAACAAUAUGUGACUUAGACCCCAGGCAGUUUUGAGAGUUUUAUGUGUUUUUUUGGGGGUGGAUUUUUUUAUUCUUUUUUUUUUUAUUCUUCUGUGGAUGAAACAACUUGAGAGAAUCAAGUUCAGAGAAAUCUCUGAGCAGUGUAAAUGUUUUCUGAUUGGUCUGGAGUCUUCAGGAGUGUUUUCUCUCUUUUUUCUGUUCAUGGCCUAGAAGCAGAGGGCUGCAUAAGACUUAAACCAUUUCCAAAAUUAUUGAUAUUCAAGAGUUUUUGAACCACGGUGAGGGAGCAUGUAAAGGUGUGGGGAGAAAAACAAUGUGAACUUUUCAAUCUAUUCUUCAUAGACUGUUAUUGGAGUGAUGGUGUGGAGCUGUGUGUUCUGAGGACAAGCAUGUGGAGUAGUUGUAUCGUUGUAAAAAUGGUGUGUGAGUAGAUUUUCAUAAUUUGUGAUUCUUCUCAUUCUGCCAGCUGAUGACUGUUUUCAGGAACCUGCAAAGAUCCUUCUCACUAGGUGUUGCAACAAAUGCAGUUAUUACACUUUAUUUGCAUUCCUGAUUAGUUAAUGGGUUUAUCUUUUCUAGUUGGUGUAAAAGCAGACUUCCUUUUCUUGUAGACCAUAUUUUCUUCCUGGUCCUUGAAAACAGUCCUUCCAAAAGCCUGGACUUCUGAAAUCCGGCUUUAACAGUGGUGUCUUUUGCUACUUCUUAGGUUGUUUCAGGUGCAUUAUUAGAAUUUUAAAAUGGAUGGGAGCCAGGAAAAUAGCAGAGAUGCACGAGUAUUUAUAAAAAUUUUGCUUCAUAAGUUUAAACACACACACGUAUAAUAUUGCUCAGGGGUUCAGAGGAAAAUACUGUGCUGCUUUGUCCUGAGGAUAUCUGAAAAGGAUUUGCUAUAAAGUUGUCAUGUGGAUGUGAAGUUCCACAGACUUCUUUGAACUUCUUUAGGAAAUGCAGCUUUCAUUAAUGGCCGUUCAUUUCCUCUACACAUUGAGGAGAGAGAUGGUAAACUGAUGUAUUAGAUUGGUAGCCGUUAAUGAGAUCCUCUCCAGUCUUGCAACUUAGGGUUCUGACUUCUGAUAUACCUAUGGUCAAAAAGUGAAAUAUCUUUGGGAAGGGGACUAUGUGAAAAUUUGACUGGGGAUACUAUUUGCCUGAAAAGCAGCACUGCACAUCUGAAGCCUCUGCUCAGAACUGUUUUAGUUUAAAGUUUGUUUUUUAUGCAACUAAAAAGUUGUGGGUGGAAGAGUGAGUAGAGUGAGGAUUUAUUUUACGGUUAGCUGUGUCUUAUAAGUCAAAUGUUAAACAAUGAGCUCUGGACUUGCCACGUGGCUGUCUGAAUAUGGCAGUCCCUUUCAGGUACAAGCCACCAUUUUCUUUUUAGCAGUACUGACAUUGUGCUUAGUCAGGUGUGAGCCUCCUUGGUGGAUGGCAAGUGCUCAAAGCUAUUGUACUCUUUUGUAAUAGAAAGAAUGGGAUAGGCAUUACUGAGCACAGUUAGAUAUCAUUCUCUUAAAAAGUGAGGAACUGGCUGCAGCAUACGCAUGUUAAGGCCUACUCAGGCUCAAAAAGGAGAUUGUGAAUAGCAUAAAGUGACCACUUAAAAGUUCAAAUGUGCCACAAAGUUUAACCUUACCGAACAACUUCAUCAUAAGACAAUGCUAAGACUGGUCUGUAUUCCUUGCUCCUUUUCUCUUCAAAUCACAGGAAAAAUAACAGCUAACUGACAGUGCAACACUGUAUGGCCUAAUAGUGCUGCUGCUUUGUGUGGAAGGGGCCAGAGAGAAAACCGUUGCAUCUGUUGGAACAAAAAUGCAUUCAAUACCCCAGCUUCUGUUUGCCAUGUGUAACUUGUAUGGAUUGCAGUUCCACUAUGCGAUGUCUUUGAAGUAGUGCAGUUCUUGACUGUUCAGUUCGAAAGUGUGCAUUAUGCUGAAUCAAGGUAAAACAAUAACUGAAAGCUCACAAUAAGCUGUAGGUUUCCAGAAACAAAUGUGGUGCUGAGAAGGUAUUUUCCCCUUUUCUUAAUGAAAACACAGGUACAGAUGAAUCUUGGUUUUCAGGCUCAUAUGGUACUCUCAUUCAAACAUAAUCUAAGUUGUCCAGAAUUGCAGAAUAUUUGAGGAAGGAUAAGGAAGCAGUCUCAGCUGCUGUUUGUAAAAUAUUUAAUACUGUAAAGUAAGAGCAAACUGUGUAGGUAUAUACUCUGUUAUAUGCACCUGCCAGCUUCUCAAACUUCAUUGUGCUGCAAGUGUUAAACACAACAAGUGUUUUGGAAGAAAGAAAACAGGAUAAAACAACAUGAUUGAAUAUUUAAUAACUUAAGCUGUGUAGAACAUUUGCACAGAUUGACCUUGCUUUUCCUCUUUCAUUUUGUUACAAAGCUGUGAGUGUAAUAACGAAACUUUACACAGCAAAAAAUGAAAAGAAAAUAAAAAUAAAAGUUCUUUAUAUUGUUA